AUGUCGUCCUUCAGCCUAGUCACCAUCCUCUUGGUGUCCGGCCUCCGGGCCCUCGCUGCCGCCGUACCGAGUGCAGUGCUUGACGGCGUCAUCCCCGGACAGUAUAUCAUCCGUCUGAAGCCCGGUCUUCAACCUGCUGAAUUCGAAAGCCACAUGGUAUGGGCGACGGGGGUACACAAGCGCAGUCCUGGACGGCGGGACACCACCGGCAUUGAAAAAUCAUUCAACAUCGGCGCCUUCAACGCUUACACCGGUAGCUUUGAUGAUGAUAGCAUUGCUGAGAUCGGUGCUGGAGAAGAGGUGCUAUCCGUCGAACCCAAUCGCAUUGUAGAACUCGACGCCUUUUACACCCAGUGGAAUGCACCUUGGGGUCUUACAGCCUUGUCUUCGCCAAACCGCCUGCCAGACUCGAGCGAUACCGGCUCAUACGUCUAUGACAGGUCGGCGGGGGAGGGCGCGUUUGUGUACAUGCUUGACACAGGCGUGCAAAUCUCGCAUCCCAACUUUGGCGGCCGCGCCGUUAGGGGCUACAACGCGCGGCCAGAGGAGGCAUUCGAUGACCUCGGCGGGCAUGGAACCCACACCGCAGGUAUCGUGGGGUCUCAGACGUAUGGCGUGGUAAAAAAGGCGACAAUCGUGGCUGUUAAGGUCCUAGCGGGCGGUGGCUUGGGCACUGUUGAUACUGUUCUUGACGGGUACAACUGGGCUGUCAACAACAUCACGCAGACGCCAGGACGACUGGGAAAGUCUGUCAUUAGCAUGAGCCUCGGCUUCACCGUCAGCUCGCAGACGUCGGCUCUCGAUGACGCAGUGAAAGCUGCGUAUGAUCUUGGAGUCGUGACUGUAGCUUCCGCGGGUAACUCGAACCAGGAUGCAAUCGGACGUUCGCCUGCAAGGGCGGAACAAGCAUUCACAGUCGGUGCGGCGAACUGGGACCGGACCCGGGCGGCGUUCAGCAAUUAUGGGUCUUCGGUCAAGAUAUUUGGGCCCGGAGUCGGCAUCAAGUCCCUUGGUCUCAACAACGGAUACGCCACAAUGUCUGGUACAUCGCAAGCUGCGCCUUAUGUCGCGGGCCUUAUCGCGUACCUGAUGUCCAAGGAGGGUCUCGCCACCCCCAAGGCAGUGUUGGACAGAGUGAAGGAGCUGGCGAUCGAUGGUGUGGUGCAGGACACGAAAGGCUCUGAGAAUUUGCUUGCAUACAACGGCCGGCAGGGCGUCAUCCAAGGCGUUGCCCGCAGAGCCAAGAAAAUUCGGUUGGUGGUAUGCGGCAUGGGCCGACGAUCAGCCGUGUUGAAGAACGUCGAGAUGAUGUCCGAGAAGGACUUUGAAUGGUUUAGCGGCGAGCCCGUAGAGCUCGCGUAUCAUAUCAUCAAGAGUUGCUUUGAAUCUGACUCCAGCAACGUGGACCUGACUGGCUGCCUCACCAAGACACAAUAA